ACCUCAGGAAGGUAAGCUGUCAUGUUCACUGCUGCAGACCUGUCCUCUGCAUCUCACAGAAUAUUUUACCCUCACAUGUUUUUGACACCCAAAUGAUUUAAUUUGCAUCUUUCAGUUCGUCUAUUUAAAUAGUUAAUUAGCCAGUUGUCACUUUGCUCGCAGCUUCUUAUCUGCGUAGAUUGACAAAAACUCUUCCAUACCUCCAAGAUGCACCUGAGUAGGUGAGGUGGGCAUCCGCACAGGGAGAUAUCACCCGGGCUUUUAAAAGAGCGCGUCUUUCUCUCCGGGAGUCCGCUCCUUUUUGGCAGAUCACCCUCCGAUGCAAUUAACCCAGGAAGACGACUUUGUCAAGGGGGAUUCAACGCCGACCACCGCAGCUCUCCAGUCCGACGGCAGCGCCCGAUCUCCGGCCAAAAUGUGCAGUGAAUGUUACGAGAAUCAGUCAUUUGUGAACGAUGAUGGGACCGUGAACGAGCACAAGCCACGCUCCUCUCCAGCGCCACUCCAGACCACCAUCAAUACCAGCGGGGUUAUCUUAGACAUCUCCACUCUUAAGAUGGAGCAGCUGGAGAGUGAGGUGCCUCCGCUGCCGCCCCGCUUCCGCUUCAGAGACCUGCUCCUCGGGGACCAGGGCUUUCCGAAUGAUGACAGGGUGCAGGUAGAGUUUUAUGUGAAUGAAAACACCUUCAAAGAGCGUCUGAAGCUCUUCUUCAUCAAAAACCAAAGAUCAAGUCUUAGGAUUCGUGUGUUCAACUUCUCCCUGAAGCUGCUCACCUGUCUGCUGUACAUCAUCCGAGUGGCGACAGACAACCCUGGUCAGGGCGCCAGCGCCAAUCACACCGCAGGACAGCAAAACGCUCCCAGUGGCAACAACAAAUGUGUUGACUGCCAGUGGAACGGAUCAGUGCAGGACAGAGAAAUUAACUGGGGGUUAAUCUUCUGGGUGGAUAGAAAGGUUCCUGUCUGGGCCAUUCAAGUAAUUGUGGCCAUCAUUAGUUUCCUGGAGACUAUGCUACUGAUGUAUCUGAGCUACAAGGGGAACAUUUGGGAGCAGAUAUUCCAGGUGUCCUUCCUUUUGGAGAUGAUCAAUACAGUUCCCUUCAUCAUUACGAUCUUCUGGCCCUCAAUAAGGAACAUCUUCAUUCCUGUGUUUCUCAACUGCUGGUUGGCCAAGUGUGCUUUGGAGAACAUGAUUAAUGAUGUCCACAGAGCAAUCCAGAGGACCAACUCAGCCAUGUUCAACCAGGUCCUGAUUCUCAUCUGCACCCUGCUCUGCCUGGUCUUCACUGGCACAUGUGGAAUCCAGCACCUGGAGCGAGCAGGCAAAAACCUCACUCUCUUCAAUUCCUUCUAUUUCUGCAUCGUCACCUUCUCCACCGUGGGCUUUGGAGACGUCACUCCCCGCAUAUGGCCCUCCCAGCUGCUAGUUGUCAUCAUGAUCUGCGUGGCUCUGGUGGUGCUGCCUCUGCAGUUUGAGGAGCUGAUGUACCUGUGGAUGGAGAGACAGAAGUCAGGAGGGAACUACAGCCGCCACAGAGCGCAGACAGAGAAACAUGUAGUGCUGUGUGUCAGUGCACUGAAGAUAGACCUGCUCAUGGAUUUUCUCAAUGAAUUCUACGCCCAUCCAAGACUGCAGGAUUACUAUGUGGUGAUCCUGUGCCCAAGUGAAAUGGACCUCCAGGUGCGGAGAGUGCUGCAGAUCCCUUUGUGGUCUCAAAGGGUCAUCUAUCUGCAAGGAUCUGUUCUCAAAGACCAGGACCUGCUAAGAGCCAAAAUGGAUGACGCAGAGGCUUGUUUCAUUCUAAGCAGUCGUAACGAGGUGGAUCGCAUGGCUGCGGACCAUCAGACUAUCUUGAGAGCCUGGGCAGUGAAGGACUUUGCUCCAAAUUGCCCCCUUUAUGUCCAGAUACUCAAACCUGAAAAUAAGUUCCAUGUAAAAUUUGCAGAUCAUGUUGUGUGUGAGGAGGAGUUCAAGUACGCCAUGUUGGCUCUCAACUGUGUGUGUCCUGCCACCUCCACUUUGGUCACACUCCUUGUACACACCUCCCGCGGACGAGAAGGACAGCAGUCGCCGGAGCAGUGGCAGAGGAUGUACGGAUGUUGCUCCGGCAACGAGGUCUACCACAUCCGACUAUGUGACAGCAAGUUCUUUGGAGAGUAUAAUGGCAAAAGCUUCACAUAUGCCUCCUUUCAUGCUCACAAGAAGUACGGUGUGUGUCUGAUCGGUAUAAAGAGGGAAGACAACAAGAGCAUUCUGCUGAACCCUGGCCCGCACCACAUCAUGGCUGCCACAGACACCUGCUACUACAUCAACAUCACCAAGGAGGAGAACUCAGCCUUCAUCUUCAACCAGGAGGAGAGGAAGGGCCGCACUGCCGGGGGAUUCUAUGACGGACCCUCACAGCUUCCUGUGCACAGCAUCAUCGCUAGCAUGGGCACUGUUGCCAUGGAUCUUCAGAAUACGAGUCCACCUGACGUCUCAGGUGGUAAACUGGUCCCACCUACAGUGAAUGGAACAGGGAGCCGCCGGCCGAGCAUCGCUCCAGUUCAGGAGAUCGCAGACUCCUCCUCAAUUCUGCCAUGUGACCUCCUCAGUGACCAAUCAGAAGAUGACUCUGUCUUCACAGAUGAGAAAGGCCACUCGUCUACUGAGUACGUGAAAGGUUAUCCCCCUAACUCUCCGUACAUUGGGAGCUCGCCCACCUUGUGCCAUCUGUUGGCUGAAAAAGCCCCGUUUUGCUGCCUACGACUGGACCAGGGUUGCAGGCACAACAGUUUUGAGGAUGCUAAGGCUUAUGGUUUCAAAAACAAGCUCAUCAUUGUGUCUGCUGAGACUGCAGGGAAUGGUCUCUAUAACUUCAUAGUGCCUCUCAGAGCUUAUUACAGACCCAGGAAAGAACUCAACCCCAUUGUCUUGCUGUUGGAUAACCCGCCAGAUAAUCACUUUCUGGAGGCCAUCUGCUGUUUUCCUAUGGUCUACUACAUGGCUGGGACCAUAGACAAUCUGGACAGCCUGCUGCAGUGUGGCAUCAUCUACGCGGAUAAUUUGGUUGUUGUGGAUAAAGAGAGUACAAUGAGUGCCGAGGAGGACUACAUGGCUGAUGCCAAAACUAUUGUCAAUGUACAGACAAUGUUCAGAUUGUUUCCCAGUCUCAGUAUUAUCACAGAGCUUACUCAUCCAUCCAACAUGAGAUUCAUGCAGUUCAGAGCAAAGGACUGCUAUUCACUGGCCCUCUCCAAGCUGGAGAAGAAAAGUGACAGACUUUUAAAUGAUGUGGACCCUGGCUCUCCCCCACAGAAAGAGCGUGAUAAAGGCUCCAACUUGGCCUUCAUGUUUCGCCUACCCUUCGCUGCAGGCAGAGUGUUCAGUAUUAGCAUGCUGGACACCCUGCUGUAUCAGUCUUUUGUGAAGGACUACAUGAUCCUUAUUGCAAGGCUGCUGCUGGGGCUGGACACCACUCCAGGAUCAGGAUACCUCUGUGCUAUGAAAGUAACCGAGGAAGAUCUGUGGAUUAGUACUUAUGGCAGGCUGUUCCAGAAACUCUGCUCCUCUAGUGCCGAAAUUCCUAUUGGGAUCUAUCGGACAGAAUCCCAUAUUUUCACGACUUCUGAGUCGCAGGUGUCAGUCAGUGUUGACGACUGCGAGGACAACAAGGACAGGGGGGACGAGUCUCGCAGCAAUGACCAAUCAGAUCACCCCCUUCUGAGGAAGAAGAGCAUGCAGUGGGCACGGCGUCUGAGUAAGAAAAGCGUGAGGUGGCAGGGAGUGAACCGGGACUCGAGCAAGGACCACGCCCAGCGCAUCGCUCAGCAGCGCCUCAAUCUCUACCGACGCUCUGAGAGGGAAGAGCUGUCUGAGCUGGUCCGCAACCGCAUGAGGCAUCUGGGCCUCCCCACCUCCGGAUAUGAAGACCUAACUAAUCUGACAGCCAGUGACGUCAUGAACAGAGUCAAUCUGGGAUACCUACAAGAUGAGCAGAAUGAUCACCAAAACACCCUGUCCUACGUCCUGAUUAACCCUUCUCCUGACACCAGGCUGGAGCUCAAUGACAUUGUGUACUUGAUUCGUUCAGACCCUCUGGCUCACGUCCCAGAGGAGCCUCCUGUCCACAGCAGCAGUCUGAAAGAGAGACAUGAGUCCAGCAUAGACACCAGAGAGGACACCCAGCUCUGAUACGAUGCUGACCUUCACUGGUACUUCAUAAUGACCCCCUUCAGCUGUCAUGGGGGUCUGACUGCUUCCAUGCAGGUCCAGUCUGAAAGAGGACAAUUUGUGCUACAGUGUUCCAGCAUUGCAGUCUACAACUGUAUUAUAUGUAGGGUUGGGUACCUUUCACAUUUGAACCGAUAACAGUACCGGUACCUGGAAUUCGAUACCCAACGGUACCUUUUUUCUGUACUUUACUCUCUCUGUAGUAACAAAAAUGUAAUUUCAGUUCAAACUUCUCAAUUUCAACAUUGUUAUUUAUUUAGAACAUUUUACCUCACUGCCUCACUUAACGUCAUCCAUGGAGAGUAAGUUAACUUCUCCCUGCUGGCGUGCUAACAUUAGCUGCGGCUGCUGCGGGGGACUUGGCUUUCAGACUAUCAAACACAAUACCCUCUUCAGCUUUUAGAUAUAUUUUGUGUUUGACCAGGUGUUUCCUCAGGUUAGACGUGUUGCCCUGGCCAGCUUAUGCAGUGAGUGUUUUCUGCCUUGAGUUUUGAAAAAUGUAACCACACUUGCAACCGCUUUCAGCUCGCCAUUGCCCUGACUCAGUAGCCCCCCCCUUUUUUUUUUUUUUUUUUUUUUUUUACACAGAGAUCGUGCAAUACUGCCGUAAAGAAGAGCCGUCAUUAUGCCUGCUUUGUUUUUUUUACACUGAACCAAACAACGCAAGUAUAAUGCUGCCCCAGUGUGUGAUUUAGAUAGCGGAAAGUCAACGUAGGCGGAGCUGAUCGUCAUAACUACGCUAUUCCAGCAGUUGGGAAACAACAAACAAACACGGGAGCUUUACUUUGGUCUGCUGCCUUUAUUCACUGACUGCUUACCUUUACUUCUGCACCACUCGCAUUCACCGUCACUCUCUGCCGCUCGCUCUCUCUUGUUCAACCAGCCUCACUAGGCACCCACGUGUCCCUGUGACAGCAGGGGUGACGUAGUCUCACUCUCUCUCUUUCUUUCUAUACUUUACUCUCUCACCCAGAUGCGCUCAAGUACCAAAAUUUGGCACCGAUUGAUUUAACAUGAAUCGGUACUCCGUAGUACGGAGUUCGGUCGGUAACCUUAAAGGACAGAGUUCGGUACCCAACCCUAAUUAUAUGAGUGCCUACUGUUUGGCAGAUGACAUUUGACGUCAUCUGUGACAUUUUCAUCCUCUUGCCACAGACUGUGUUAAGAACAGUGUAUUCAUGUCUGUGAAAGCUCUCUCAGAUGAGCAGUGAUGGACAAGCUUGAAACUUUAACAAAUGUAUUCAGCUAACAGUGUUCCCCUUGGUAAGAGUUAAUCUGAUCACAGGACCACCCUUAUGAUUUUCAUUGUCAUUGAAACCUCAUGAGUUUCGGAGUGAAUUGUAUAUUUUGUUUCUGCUCUUUUUGGUUCAGGAAAAGUGCAGGUUGAACAUCAGGAUCAGAUAUUUUGUAAUGCGGAGGUUAGUGGCCCAGAAUGUAUCCAUCUUUUCUUGACUUUUUGAGAUUUCCAGAAAACAGAUGCACAUAUUCUACAUUUCCCCUGGGCCAUACACUUACCUAUUUACCACCAAUAACAUAAAAUCAAACUUAACCUUCAAGACACUUCAACACUAUGUGACUUAAAUAAAAUAUGUGCAUUGAAGCUUUCCUUCCAAGCUUAUUUUUGUAGCUGAACCAUAGAAGUAGUUAUUCAGUGGUGUAGAGGUCUUAAUUAGUAAAUCAUGUACAAACAAUGAUGGUUACUUAAAUGUUUGCUACUGUACAUUUCUUAGUUUGGAUGAGGUGUUUGCACUCCAAUAGCAACCCUUUAAACUAUAUGCCAUGCCUUAUAUUCAGUAUUGUGCCAUAAAGGAUUUAUUUGAUUUGUACUAUAUUAGUAAUCAGAAAACCUCAUUUUACUUUCAGCGUUGGUCAGUGAAAGAAUUAGCUUAUUAAGUCACAUUUGUGGCUGUUUGGUCAAGGUAUGUAUUUCUAAACUGCUACAUCCUGUACACAAGAAUGUUUGACUUUGAUUCUUUGACUUCAUACAUAUUUAAAUGUUGUAAAUGAGUAUUUGAGUUUCAUUUUAUUUUAAUUUGCACAUUAAAGUGCUAUAUUAUGAAAAAAGCAUGUUAAAACUGUUUUGAGUUGUCUAAUAAUUUUGCCUUGGUGUUGCUAUAUGUAUUUAACCUAGUAAUGGCAAUUUAAAAGGAAUAGUUUGACAUUUUUGGGAUUUGCAGAGAUUUCGAUAAGAAGAUUGGUACCACUCUUGUGUAUGUACGCUAAAUAUGAAGCUACAGCCAGGAGAACAGUAGCUUAGCAUAGAAUAAAGACUGGAGACAGGGAACUGGCUCUGUCCAUAAAUCUGCCUACCAGCACCUCUAAAGCCCAUUAAUGUUGAAUAUCGUUUGUUUAAUCCGUACCCAAACCUAAGUGUAAAAACGACAAGUUGUAGUUUUACUGGGGAUUAUGCAUGGAUGUAUAUAUGUGCUGGACUAUUUGUUAACUUACAGGAGUCUAUGGUGGUUGCCUGGCAACCUCACGAUGACAACACUCCGGGAAGUCACUCCGGGAAGAAUAAGCGUAUUUCCCAAAAUGUCUAUUUAAAACUAAAACUAAACAUAAUAUAAUAUAUGAAACUAUUUAUUUUACUGGAUGUGGAUUAUUCUUAUAAUUUUAAAAUGAAAUAUCUCAAAUGAAUUCUCUCUGACAUUGUCUUCUCUACAUUUAAACCAGACGUAAUUUGAAAUAUAUGUUCAUUAUGGUUAGAGAAAACAAAAAUUUCAAGAUGACUCAUCAGGUUGAAUAACUUGAAUUUGAGUAAAUGUCUGUUUUGUAUUGUUUUUGAGUUGCAGUGGGGAUUUAACCUUAAAACACAGUGAUGUAGACCUCUUUGCAUGAUGUAGUCUGAAAUCAGACAGUAGAUUAUCCAAUGCAAUAUUUAUAUUUACACUCACUUUCUGUUCAUCUGUCUUCACAAUCAAGCAAACAAUUACCACAUGAUAUAUAACGAUAAACAUUUAGACCCACUUACUUUAAAAAAUGCUUUCCUUUAUUUGUUACAUAGGUUAAACCUAGUUAUUAAUGACUGAUGAACACUGAUGACUGAUGGAUAGAGAGGCGCCACGUUUUUACC